ACACAAUCCGAUCGCCAGCCAUACUAUGCUUCAUCUGAGUACGACAAAAAUACACAAAAUUUCCUGGUUGCAUUCUAAGCAAACAAGCGUGUCGCGAAUAAAAUGAAGAACGUCUGUUGUAGAUAACGGUGAUAACAGACAAAAUAUUACGCGGGACAGCUUUUGUUAGUAGACAGUAGUUAAAGUCGUUGCGUUCGAUCGAUUCGGUCGUCCUGGCGCUUUUGGCUCUAUCGAUGUCGUUUGCUGGAGUGCUCACCAGAAUCAAAGGUUUUGCUGUGAGUGGAUGAGCUCCUGAAGGAUUCAAGAGCAAGAGUUUUAUUAUGAUAUUUCUUCUUUGAUAGUAAUAAAAAGGCUUACUGGGAAAAUUGUCACAGUGCAGGGCGAUGCAGUACAUUCGAGAACGUUUGUCGUUGGAUCUACCGUUCAGUCGAUCCAACGAAACCGCAAAGACGAAUAAAGGUACCGAGGUGCCCGUGGUUUCCACACUUUCCCAUAUCGAUGAACGAAAGCAAUCCGAAAGUGCUGGGACACCACCAUCCGCUUAUGGUACUCCAAUUCAAAGUCCAUCUGAGAAGAGACACUCGCAAAAUUAUCCUUGGCAACAACCUCAAAAACCAGAAGUUAAAAGCGAUAAAUCUAUAGAAUCGACUGAUACCGUGCACAUAUCAUCAAACCAUAAUCGAUUUGCUGGGUACCCUCAGAUCUAUUCAACACCUGUUACAGGUGGAUACGUGAACCAAGCCUACACGAAUGAUAGUGGAAACAACACAGCUGUUUCAGCUGAUUACAAUCAUCCACACGUUAUCCGCGAGCAAUAUUGGAGCUGGUCAUGCAAAUUUAUACAUCAAUUCAGCAAUCGUGAGAAGAUAUUGCUUCUGGUCAUAUGUUUCCUGCUACUCAUAAUCGGAGGUCUGGCGACUUAUCUUGGCAUUAUUACGAAAGAUGCAAACCCGCUGCAAGGUGGAAUACUGACAGCGGGUGGAAUCCGGGCGAGACAAGUAGAAUAACAACGUUGAAAGUGUUGAACGAUUUUAGACCGUUGUUUGUAAAUUCUAUAUCAUAAGUACCAUAAGUUGUUUAGGUUGUAUUAGCGAAUAGAACAAAUUGCUCUUUAUUACUGUAAGUAUUUUUACAAAUACAUGUUACUACUUAAACAUCAUAAA